CUGUGACCAGGUGCGUAACGCAGCGGGAAGAUGGCUUUGGAAGCCGGUGACAUGGAAGACGGGCAGCUUUCUGACUCCGAUUCCGACAUGACGGUCGCACCUAGCGACAGGCCACCGCAAGUGCCUAAAAUACUUGGUGGAGACAGUGCUGUGCAGGCUUCCCACACUGUUGCAACAGCAUAUGUACCAGUAUCACAUUACCGGAUUGUUCAAAGUGUGGAUUCAAGUGAAGAGAGUUUUUCUGAUUCAGAUGAUGAUAGCUCUCUUUGGAAACGCAAGCGACAGAAAUGUCUUAACCUGCCUCCCAAACCUGAGCCUUUUCAGUUUGGCCAGAGCAGUCAGAAACCACCUGUUGCUGGAGGAAAGAAGGUUAACAACAUAUGGGGUGCUGUGCUACAAGAACAGAAUCAAGAUGCAGUGGCCAAUGAACUGGGUAUUUUGGGAAUGGAGGGCAAUAUUGACAAAAGUAGACAAUCUGAGACCUAUAAUUAUUUGCUUGCUAAGAAACUUAAGAGGGAAUCUGAAGAAUAUACAAAAGAUUUAGACAAAGAGUUAGAUGAUUAUAUGCAUAGUGACAAAAAAACAGAGUCAAAAGAAGAGGAAAAUGGUCAAGGUCAUCUCAAACGGAAACGACCUGUCAAAGAGAGACUUGGGGCCAGACUAGAAAUGAACUAUAAAGGCAGGUAUGAGAUCACAGAGGAAGAUUCUCAAGAAAAGGUGGCUGAUGAAAUUUCUUUUAGGUUACAGGAACCAAAGAAGGAUCUGAUCGCCCGAGUAGUAAGGAUAAUUGGGAACAAAAAGGCAAUUGAACUUCUGAUGGAAACUGCUGAAGUUGAACAAAAUGGUGGCCUUUUUGUAAUGAAUGGUAGUCGAAGAAGAACACCAGGUGGAGUUUUUCUGAAUCUCCUAAAAAACACUCCUAGUAUCAGCGAAGAACAAAUUAAGGAUAUUUUCUACAUUGAAAAUCAAAAGGAAUAUGAAAAUAAAAAAGCCGCUAGAAAGAGGAGAACACAAAUAUUGGGGAAAAAGAUGAAACAAGCCAUUAAAAGCCUGAAUUUUCAAGAAGAUGAUGAUACCUCACGGGAAACUUUUGCAAGUGAUACUAACGAGGCCCUGGCCUCUCUUGAUGAACCGCAGGAAGGUCAUGGAGAAACCAAGUUGGACGUGGAGGAAGCUAUUGAAGUUGAUCAUGCUCAUGAUCUGGACAUCUUUUAAGUACAUUUUGGAUGUUUUGAGGAAUAAUCCUUUCUAAAGUAACAUUGUAACAAACUGUUUCUACUGAUAUAGCUUUGUUUUACUUUGCACUGAAAAACAUGAAAAUCUGGUCUUGUUUUAAAUAAUAUGUGGGGAAAUGAAUGCCCUUAAUUUAAAGGUGGUUCAUGUGUGACACAGUACUUAAAAGUAUAUGACAAUGUUUAAUUUCUUAGUUGCAUGGCUAAUACUAGUAUUACUAGUUGUUAAUCAUUUUUUCUACAUCAUUAUAAUAUGCCAUUCAAAAGUUUAGUUUUUUUCUCUGUUACAUCUUCAAGGUAAAUUUUGCUUUGGUUUUAGAACAUUCCAGCGGAAGGUCCUAAAGGGACACGCAGAUUGUUACGCUGUUAGAAACGCAUUUGGAUUUGUGUUUUCUAUACCUUAUAUUAUAAAUACCCUUAAGUAACUUUAAGGAUAGAGACUAAAGGCAUAUACUUAACAGAUCCUACCCAGUUACUUAUUUGUCCAGUAAUGAAUGUCAGAAGCUUUUUGAAGAAGUAUUGGUUUAUAACUUUUUGAUUUAACUGACUGCAUAAUAGAUGAUUCAACAGUUAUAAACUGUACCUUUAUUAUAAACUAAACUUAAAAUCUUUUAGUAGUUCCUGAGAUCGUAGUCAUUGAAGUUAGAUCAUGAAAAGAAAAAUAGUUAUUGGUUGCUUUUAUUUAUAAAGAAUACAAAAAUAAAACCUUUGCAGUCUUCCUGA